AUGUCUUCUCAAGAAAAGACUUUAAAUUCUGAUAUAACACACGUUAUUACUCUAACUCCUGAACAAAUUAAGCGUAUAGAAAACAAUCGAUUGAAAGCACUGGCACUAAGGGAAAAGCAGAAACAGCAAGAACAUAAUAAUUCAACUUCCAGAACCGAACAAAAGGACAUUCAAGGAACCACCACAAAUAAUGAAGAUAACACUGAAGAAAAAAAAUUACGUCCCAUGAAAAAAUUUCAAAACUAUGCAGAAUAUGACUUUUCAAAAAUGAAAGAUACUCGUGGAGGUUUUCUUUUGGAGGAAGAAAAUGAAAAUUCUAAAAAACGAAAGUGGGAACCUCCCGAACCUGAAUUUGAUGCUUUAGAACCAUCCAUAAGCAUUGAUCCAGCUGAAAAUCCAAAAUGUAAAGAAUGCCAUUCGUUAGAAUUAGAUAACUUGUUUCGUAAGACUUUUAAAGUCAACGUAUGUAAGAAAUCUGAAUUGAAAGAUGUUGAGGUUUUACCACAUUUAUCUAAACCAAAUCCACACAAGGCAACCUGGAAUAAUAUGAUGUUGUUCCUCAGAGAACAGGUCGAGGAAUUCGCGUUCAAAAAAUGGGGAGGUGAGGAAGGGCUCGACCAAGAAUAUGAGAGGAGAGAAGAUAUCAAAAAGAAACGGAAGGAUAAAAAAUUCAAAACGAAACUGGCGGGCAAAACAGAAAUUUUAGAGAAAAACAGACGAAAGGAACAUAAGCACGAAUUUGGGGAGGUUGAAGAAGAUACAGAAACUGGAGCAACUACCCAAUGCUGUAAAACUUGUGGAUUGCGAAUUGAAAUUGAUGUUUUUUAA